GUUUUGUACCAUUUCAUCCGAGUCAUUUUUGGGUUCAUACUCGUGCAAUAUACCUUCCAAUGGGAUAUUGUUACGGGCGUAGAAUAAGUGCCGAAAUUACUCCACUAAUUGAAAGACUUAGGCAGGAACUAUAUGUUCAACCAUUUGGGACAAUUAAUUGGUCAAAAACUCGAAAUAAUAUUGCUAUGGUUGACCUUUCUGUUCCGCAUACUAAAUUAUUAAAGUUAUGCAAUUAUAUUGCAGUUCAAGAGUGUUACGAAUUAAUUAAACUUGAAGAUGAAAAUACUGAUUAUCUUAAUAUUUGUUCUCAUUUAUCUCUUAAAAUUGAUACAAAAAAUUUAUUACGUUUCAUGUAUAGGUUAGGUUCGGAUGGAAUGUUGAUAAGUCUUACAAAUGGCUCUCAAAAUUGGGAUACUGCACUUACAGUUCUUGCUGCAAUCGAAACAGGUAGAAUUGCAUUAUUAUCAAAUUUGUGUUCAGUCAUUAAACUUAUUAAUAUUUUAUUGUUUCAAAUAGGACUUGCAGAUGAUCCAUUAAAUCACCAGUCAAUGAUGCAUGCACUUGAGUUUUUAGAUAAUUCGCAAAUAAAAAAAAAUCCUAAAAAUUUUAAAAAAUGUUAUCGGGAUGGCACGAUAGGCUCUUGGAGUUAUAGUACUCGUGAUCAAGGAUAUAAUGUUUCUGAUUGUUCAGCUACAUGUCUCGAGGCUGUACUUAAUCUUCAAAAUAAACUUAAGUAUGUUUUCUAUAUAAAAUUUUAA